AUGGUCAAAUUCUUUGCCUCUUCUCUCACUGUCCUCGUCUUGACCUUGGCCGCUGUCCAGGCGCAGACUACUAUCGACAUCAGCAAGUACCCCACAAUCAACCAAAUCCCCCCUAUCAACUCACCCGAGGUCCAGGCUUGGCUUAAGGAGCUUGGUGACCUCUCUGGAGCCCCCAGCAUCCCUCUUCAUAAGGGUGAGCCUCCAUCAUGCCCUAACCCCCCUAUCCCCAACGAGUGUUACUGGACUUGUGAUGGAUGCGCCGCUGACGAUAUUACUGCCUGCGCUGCCCCCAACACCUGGGGUUUGACCUUUGACGAUGGUCCCUCCACUGCCACACCUACCCUAUUGAACUAUUUGAAGACCAAUAAGCAUUCUGCCACCUUCUUCUUGAUUGGUUCCAAUGUCAUCCAGUACCCUGAUACUGUCAAGCGCGAGGUUACCGAGGGUCACCACUUGGCCUCCCACACCUGGUCCCACCACGCCCUCACCACCUUGUCCAAUGAGCAGAUCGUUGCCGAGAUGAAAUGGACUGAGAAGGCCGUCAUGGAGGCCACCGGUCUCCGCCUGAAGUACAUGCGUCCUCCCUAUGGUGAUAUCAACAACCGUGUCCGCUAUGUCCUCAAGAAGCUCGGUUAUAUCCCUGUUGACUGGACCGGCGAUGCUUUUGACACCAACGACUGGCAGAUGCCCACCAUGGCCGAAGCCAAGGUCAUUGCCACCUUUACAAAGUCCCUCGAUGCCUACGUUGCUUCCAACAAGACCAAGGGUUUCUACUGCCUCGAGCACGACCUCAACGACCUCACUGUCGGCGUUGCUCAAAAAUUGAUUCCUCUUGGUACUGCUCGCAAGAUCAACAUUGCCUCGGUCGCCCAGUGUGAGGGUGAUGCCCAACCCUACCAGCUCGGUGGUACUGCUCCUAUGCCCUCGGUCUCGGGCGUUACCCCUUCGGUCACUGCCACCUCUGCUGGCUCUGUUACUCCUACCGGCUCUUCCACCGUCGGCACCCCCACCGUCGCCAAGCCUAACAAUGCCAACGUUCAGUCUGUUGGUGCGCUCUCUGUUGCCGCUGCUGCCCUUGCUGCCGCUGUUAUCUUUGCAUAG